GUGACCGGCUGUGUCUGAGAAUUUUUACGUAAUUUUGUUUAAUACACUCUUCUUCAAGGUCGAUCAUGUUUAGCAUUUUGAGAUGGACGAGCCGGAGCUAGAGAAAGUGAUCAGUCAGAAAAGGAAACGGGAGAGUGAAGAGGAACCAAGGCAGUGUGCAAACAGCAAGCAAGUAGUAGAAGAAGGAAAGUCAUGGUGGACAUGUAUGAUGCUAGGGAUCUCACAAGAUAACACAAAGCCCCAGGGAAGGAGAGUCGACAUGACACAGAACAACUCUCAAAAGUUGAUUCAUGGCUAAUGAACCUGAUGUUUGUGAGGAAUGUCAAUCAGUCCGCCCAGCCACGCCCCCUUCUGAUUCCUGCUGUGGUUCAGGAUGUGCGGUCUGUGUUUAUGAUAUUCAUGAUCAGGAGAUAGAUCUGUGGAAGAAGACUUGCAAGCGUAAACAUGGUGCUGAUAAAAGUCAGUUAGAAAGCAGUGAAACUGUCAUGGAUCUGAUGGACUAUAAAUAUUACACUCUGCAAUCUAUUGUCGCGGUUUGUACCAAUACAGCAGUCUACAGAUUCGCAUUACCACCUGGGAAGAAACUGGAUCUGUCUAUUGCAAAGCACAUCAUACUCAGGGGUAAACACGAUGGCAAGAUGAUAACCAGGCAGUACACACCCAUCUCUCAGCCGCAUGAUACAGGAUUCUUUGAUGUUCUUAUUAAGUUGUAUGUGGAUGGGGAUAUGUCUCAGUACAUUAAGGAGUGGAAGAUAGGUGAUAAUAUAGAAUGGAGAGGACCUUUUGGGUCUUUUACAUACCAGCCAAACAAGGGCCACUAUAUUCUUGCUAUUGCCGCUGGUACCGGUAUCACACCGAUCAUCCAGGUAAUGAGGCAUCUUGUUGAGAAUGAGGAAGAUGAGACAGUCUUCAGAUUACUCUACACCUGUCGUUCCUAUGAUGAAAUUCUACUCAGGGAAACCCUUAAUGAGCUCGCUCUCUACUGGAAUAUCACUAUCAUCUUUAAUCUUACACAGAGCUCGCCUGGCAGUCAUCCUAUUGGUUAUGGCGAGACUAUCCAAUAUGGUCGCUUCACACGGGAGAGGCUAUCCAAAGAAGUAGCAGCAUCAAUGGGACGUCAUGUAAGGGCAUUGAUAUGUGGAACUCGUUCUUUUGAAAAUGACAUGAGCACAUUCCUGAAAGAAUCAGGAGUACCAGGAGAUUCCAUUGAAAAGUUUUGAUAUGCAGGGUAUUUUAUUCUAGCUUUCUGUAAAGGUUAUUUUAAGUUAUGAUAAAUUUCUUUAAAAAUGUAAUA